UGGUGCUGCUUGCAAUGGGAACCAGGAGGCUGUGGGGCGAUUUGGGCAGCAAUAGGGGCGCACUGCACGUCCUGCUGUCUGUAGGGCCGCCGGGAUGAGCACAGCUGCCAGCCCUGAGCCCCCCCCGUCCCCCCCCGCACCCCGGUACUUCGAACGCUUCCCCGAAGACGACCCCGAAUACCUGCGGGAGCGGAACAUGGCAGCCGACCUGAGGCAGGACUUCAACAUGAUGGAGCAGAAGAAGAGGGUCACCAUGAUCCUACAGAGCCCAGUGAGCGGCGCCACGUUUUGUCCCCUCACUGUCCCCACAUCAUCCCCACCCUGUGUCCCAAUGCCACCCCCACAUCACAUCCCCAUGUUGUCCCCCUACUGUCCCCACGUCUCAUCCCCCCGUUGUUCCCCCUGCUGUCCCCACAUCACCCCACUCUGUCCCCGUGUCCCGGCAGGUCUGACAGCGGUGACUCCCAUCAACGACCUUCACGGUCCGGACGCUCCGGCUCUGGCCAAGGGGGAGCGUUUGAUGCGCUGCAAAGUGAGCAGCGUGCACCGCCUGCUGGAUCUGUACGGCUGGGCGCAGCUGGGCCACGCGGCCGUCACCGUGAGCACCGCGCGGGUUUUCGCUCUUUGUUCUUUUUCUCCGCUUUCGAAAGCGUCCGUUUGUCCUGCCGACGGUCGGACGACGUUCGGGGCGUUUUAUGAAAGCCGUUGGGUCAUAUCGUGUUAUGUAGGGCCAUAUUGUGCUCUGAGACCUCCCCUCUCUCCUCAGAUCAAGGUGAACGUGUUGGGGGAUGUCGUGGAGCAGGGCAGCACCGACUUUGCCCCCGACGCUCGUGCCUUCAGCCUCCAUGCUGCCAUCUACGCCGCCCGCCCCGACGCGCGCUGCAUCGUGCGCCUGCACACCCCAGCGACAGCAGCGGUGUCAGCCAUGCGCUGCGGUGUGCUGCCCAUCUCCCGUGCUGCGCUGCUGCUGGGGGACAUCGCCUACUUCGACUUCCGUGGUGAGGUGGAGGACGAAGCCGACCGGGUUGAGCUGCAGAAGUGCCUCGGCCCCACCUGCAAGAUCCUGGUGCUGCGCAACCACGGGGUGCUGGCGCUGGGCGACACGGCCGAGGAGGCUUUCUACAGCAUCUUCCACCUGCAGGCAGCCUGCGAGGUGCAGGUGUCGGCACUGGCGAGUGCAGGUGGUGCAGAGAACCUCAUCGUGCUGGAGCGUGCCAAGCACCGUCCCCACGAGGUCGGCUCCGUGCGCUGGGCUGGCAGCACCUUCGGCCCCAUGCAGAAGAGCCGGUUGGGCGAGCACGAAUUUGAAGCCCUGAUGAGGAUGCUGGACAACCUGGGCUACCGCACCGGCUACACCUAUCGCUACCCCUUCGUGCAAGAGAAAAGCAAACCCAAAAGCGAUGUGCUCAUCCCUGCCACGGUGACAGCCUUCGUCUUCGAGGAGGAGGCGAUGCCCACGCCUGCGCUGCGGCAGCACGCACAGAAGCAGCAGAAGGAGAAGACGCGGUGGCUCAACACACCCAACACGUACCUGCGGGUCAGCGUGGCUGAGGAGCAGCAGGGAGGCCAGAAGACCAAGACGACCUGGCUGAAGGCUGACGAGGUGGAGAAGGGCAGCAGUGGCACCGCCAUCCGCAUCGAGAACCCAAACCAGUUUGUGCCCCUCUACACUGACCCUCAGGAGGUGCUGGAGAUGAGGAACAAGAUCCGUGAGCAGAACCGCCAGGACGUGAAAUCUGCAGGGCCACAGUCCCAGCUGCUGGCCAGUGUGAUCGCUGAGACGAGCCGCAGCCCCUCCACAGAAAGCCAUCUGGGGGAUGCUGAGACCAAAAACCCAUCCCAAGAGGAGGCCCCCGCUGAGCCGGAGCCCCCGAACCCCUUCAGCCAGCUCACGGACCAGGAGCUGGAGGAGUACAAGCGGGAGGUGGAGAGGAAGAAGCUGGGGCUGCACGGAGACAAGGAGGAAGAGGAGACCCAGGCAUCCCCCCCAAAAUCACCACCGGGGUCCCCAAAAUCCCCCAACAAAAGUGCAGCCCCGGAGGGUCAGGAGGGUGACAAGAAGGUGGAGGAUGGCCAAGCUCCGGCCGAUUCCUCCGCCGAGAAGGAGCCGCCUGCGGUGGUCAAUGGGAAGGAUGAGGAGCAGAGCACCGAGGAGAGCAAAGGGGGGGACCAGACAAGCACCCCGGCCAACCCAGAGCAGGAUGCCCCCAAGGAGAAGAGCGAGACGGUGACCAGCACCCCCGUCUCCCCCGAAGGCUCACCCUCCAAAUCACCCUCCAAGAAGAAGAAGAAAUUCCGGACCCCGUCCUUCCUGAAAAAGGGCAAAAAGAAGGAAAAGAUCGAAUCUUGAGCCUCCCCCCCCGUGGCUUUGGCCGAAUGUCUUUCCAGACGGAUGUGUCUGCGCCGUGCGUCUGGCCGUGGCGCAGCCAAAAACCCUGGAGGUGAACAAUCCGGGAGCCCCCGGCACGAGGCACCAAGUCCCCCCCGUCACCCGCUUUGGAGGUGGCCACUGAGCUUACCGAGAGAUUUUGGCCCCUGUCUGCUGCUUGGGGAAAUACCCACCGCCACGUCCCCGCUCCCACCAGCACUCCCCCGUCUCUCCCAGGCACCCACGUGGGCUAUGAGGUUUGUUUAUCCCACCUGCUGCUUGUAGAGCCCUCGUGCAACGCGGGGGCACAGCCUGGAUGCGCUUGGUUUUGAGAAAGAAAAGGGUGUGUUGUCGCUGUUUUGGGGUCUUUGAAGAAAACGUUUUGUUUCACUCUCUGCUGGAAUGGCGCUGGCUUCGCCCCUGGUGUCUCUUUGCCAGGGUGAUGGGAUGGAGCCCGACACUGGAGGAUUGCUCUCCCCGAAGGAGAGCAACCUGGGACACUUUCCUUCUCGGAUUGCAAUCUUACCCCAAGGCUGUGAGCCACCUCGGUCCCCUUCUCCUGGUGCCACACACUCCCACGUUUGCUGCCUGGUGAAGAGCAGCAGGAAUUUUUGCACCGCACCUGAGAACACAGAAGACAAAGAGCCUCGGGGCAGAGCCAUGUAAAACUGAGCAAACUUCACUCACUAAGUGCUACUUUGGGAUGAACACACGCUGCCAAUUCACUUCAGUAAGAGGCACUGCCCUGCUCCCCCCCCCACACCGUGUUGAUGAGUGCCUGCACACGUAAAGAGCACGAGAGCCCCGAGGCCGAACCGCUGCUUAGCCCAGCUCCGGAUUCCUGAGCACACACACAGAUCCUCCCUGGCCUUCCCCCAGCCUUACCUCCCCAUGCCCAGCCAUACAACCCAAAGGGAAGAAGAAAAAAGCAGCUCUGAAGCCUGGAAAAGUCUGGUAGCUUUUUUGGGGUGGUUGGUGUCAUUUAAGGUAGAAUGCAGGGCUGCUGCAGGCAGGAGCUGGAGAGGAGGAAAUGCGUAAGCUGGGGUUGGUUUUCUUUAUGGGGCUGCAGUUUGGGGUGUGCCGAGCGACUUCUAAAGGGGAAAGUAAAAAAAUUGCAAAACCACAACCCCAGCAGGAACGUCCUCCCCCCAACAUUGGGGUUUUGCAGCCUGAGAGUCUUUGCUGUGCCCCCUCGUCCUCACUGGCAUUCUGCUAGAGGCUGCAGGAUGGAUUAAGUCGGAGGGGAACCUUACAGACUGCCUGGUUCCAUACCCUGCCCUCAGCCCGUCCAUCUCCAGGAUGGGGCGCUCCCAGCUCGGGGCAGCGUUGCCUCAUUGCCCUCUGCCUAAAGAAUCUCCUGCUGCCUAAAUCUAAUUGCAGUCACCCAUCUUCUAGCUCGAAGCCGUUCCCCCUGGCCCUGCUGCCAUCAGAAAGUCGCUCUUUGUCCUGUUGAUGAGCUCCCUUGAAGCACUGCAGAGCCACAGUGAGGUUUCCCUUCGGCUGCCCUCAGGGUUCACCCACAGCUCUCCUCCCGUUUUCCCUCGCUGCUUUUUCUCCUCUCCCGGGCCCCACCGUGGCCCUCAGCACCCCUGAGCCCACCGCCCCACGGUGGGGUUUUUGGCUCCCAUUUCCAGGGCUGCAUCUGGGAUGGAGUCAUCCCAGCCAAAGCACCGGGCUGGGAGCGGAAGACGAAGCAAAGAAAAGCUUUGGGGCACCAUCACGGCACUGAGGGGUGCCUGAAGGCCCCGUGGCGGCUGGUGGCCGUGGGGUUGGGCUGCAGGUCGGUGCUGGGAGCGCUGCGUGUCGCCUGCCUGUACAUAAAUAAACCCCGCGUUCGGCCCCAGUGCGCUCAGAGUCCAUGGAGGGGUGCGGAGUGGUGGGGUGGGGUUGGAGGUAUGGCUCCGUGUGGUGGUGCUGAGGGACCUCAGCCUCGCAGCGGGCCUGGCCCCAAGCUUUUCUCGCUUCUGGAGGCCGAG